UUAACACUUCAUGACUGAGAGCUGCUACAGCAACUUCUUCACCCACAGCAGCCAUGACUUUAAUCCCCAUCUUCAUCUGGACCCUGAUCUUCUGCUCUCAAGAGUCCAUAGGUCAGGUGACUGUGACUCAGAGUCCUGCAGUGAAAUCUGCUCUUCCAGGAGACUCCGUCACCAUCAGCUGCAGGACCAGCACUGCUGUAGAGUACAGCAGCAGGUUUCACUGGUAUCAGCAGAAACCUGGAGAAGCUCCUAAACUCCUGAUUAAAGAAACAAAUCAGCUUCAGUCUGGUUUUGCAGCUCGUUUCAGUGGUAGUGGAUCUGGAUCUGACUUCACUCUGACCAUCAGUGGAGUCCAGUCUGAAGAUGCUGCAGAUUAUUACUGUAAGAGUAUUCACUGUCCCAGCAGUUCUGCUACAGCAACUUCUUCACCCACAGCAGCCAUGACUUUAAUCCCCAUCUUCAUCUGGACCCUGAUCUUCUGCUCUCAAGAGUCCAUAGGUCAGGUGACUGUGACUCAGAGUCCUGCAGUGAAAUCUGCUCUUCCAGGAGACACCGUCACCAUCAGCUGCAGGACCAGGCCUGCUGUUUAUAACAACAACGAGUUACACUGGUAUCAGCAGAAACCUGGAGAAGCUCCUAAACUCCUGAUUAAAUUUGUGAAUCAGCUUCAGUCUGGUUUUGCAGCUCGUUUCAGUGGUAGUGGAUCUGGAUCUGAUUUCACUCUGACCAUCAGUGGAGUCCAGCCUGAAGAUGCUGCAGAUUAUUACUGUCAGAGUUAUCAUUAUAUCAGCGGCACCCACCUGUUCACACAGUGAUAUAACACCGUACAAAAACCUCCGUCACUCAGUCCGGCUGCACAGAGACUGCACUGCUGCAGUGGGAUCUCCUGCAGGUGCUGAGAUGGAGGAUGUGAAACAGCACAAUCACACACACACACACACACACACACACACACACACACACACACACACACACACACACACAUUUCUAA